AUGAAGUUCCUUUCCACUUUUGCCGCGGCUACCUCUGCCGUCGUCGUUCUUUCUGCCGCCCCUGCCUCGGCUAAGUUCGGCAACGGCCUGCCCUGGGCUGCUGACAACACCUGGGCGAAGAAGAUCCCCGAGGGCGCCAUCUCUUGGUACCACCACUGGGAGAGGGGAUACGUCCCGGACAUGCCCAAGGGUGCCGAGUACGUGCCCACCUUCUGGGGUCCCGAGAAGUGGGACGACUGGAACCAGCGCAAGGACGAGAUUUCCAAGCACAACUCGAAGCACAUCCUUGCCUUUAACGAGCCUGACGUUGCUUCGCAGGCCAACAUGUCGCCUGAUGAAGCUGUCAGCCUGUUCAUGAAAGAGCUCCAGCCUUACGCUGAGCAGGGCAUCCGCGUCAGCUCGCCUCAGAUGGUCUUCAACAUGGACUGGCUCAACCAGUUUAUGAACAAGUGCCACAGCGCCGGCUGCAACGUGAGCUUCAUGGCUCUCCACUGGUACGGUUCGUACAAGGACAUGGACAAGUUCAAGCACUGGGUGAAGAACGUCCACAAGAAGUUCAACCUCCCCGUUUGGGUCACCGAGUUCGGUAUCACUGCCGAGUCGAACCCCAGCCAAGACCAGGUCAACAAGUUCGCCGACGAGGCGAUCAAGUGGAUGGCCAAGCAGGACUAUGUUGAGCGCGCUGCCUGGAACGGUUGCUACGACAUCUCGACUCCUCCGGACCAGUACGCCACUCCUCUGAACGCCAUGUUCAACAACGGUGGCUCGUUCCGUCAGCUCGCCAACAUUUGGCUCCCUGCCCUCGCUGCCGCCGGUCUUAGCCACAAGGAGAACCACUCGUCGGGUAACUCGCGCCGUCACGCCCAGAUGAUCAAGCGCUCGCCUUCGUUCAAGGCCGAGACUGCUAAGCGUAACAACAAGGCCGAGAAGAAGGAGCGCAAGCCUGCCUACUCGUUCGGCCCCGGAAAGAAGCCGCUGGUUCGGAUUGCUUUCCCUAAGCUCUAA